UCCUAGCUAUCUAUUCCAGGCACGCCAUGGUAGAGCCGGCCGACGUGCUGGGCCUCACGCGGGGCUACAAGCUGCAGCCUCUCGACGACGAGGCGGUGGAAUACUACCUGCUCCGUCGACUCCUUGGCGAGGAGCUCCCGCUGGAGGGCAUCAUCCUCGAGGACGAUCCUCUGAGCGCGCCGCCAUGGGAGCUCUUGAACAGACACGGGCGGGAGGACGAUGCUUUCUUCUUUGCCCACGGGCAAACCAUCGACACCAAGGGGAGUCGGAACAAGCGGACCUGCGCGGGCGGCGGGUGCUGGGAAGGGCAGAAGGUCGUCGUGGAUGACAAGCAGCUCAUCGUCCCCGACAGCGGCAUGGAGAUCACCUGGAAGAAGUACCACCUCAACUUCCACAAGGACGGCGAGAGAGGCAGCACGGGGUGGGUCAUGCACGAGUACUCGGUCACAUCCCCGCCCUAUCUGGCCUCGUCGUCGGUCAGGCUGUAUCGCAUUCUGUUCAGUGGCCAUGGCAAGAAGCGCAAGAGGGUGCCCGAUGAUCACGGCCGCGACGACGAUGGUGGAGCGCGCGCGGCCACCUGGCAAGCCAUAGCAGAUCUUGAUCUUCUCGAGAAGCAGGUUUCAGCGUCGUACUCUGUUUUCCCUCAAGAUGAGGAUGGCUACUGUUAUGCGGCGAACGCCACAGAGGAUCAUCACCUGCUGGGUUCUUCCCAAGACAACGGCCGCUCGUGGUUCUUGCCCGGCGGAGACCGCGGAGUAGGGCCGGUCAGGGCGACAUCAGAUUCAGAUCAAGACGCCCCAGCGGGCGUGAUGCAUGAGUUCGCCGGUGGAGAUGGUGGUGUUGCGUUGCGCCGGUGGCAGCAACGCUACCAUCCUCCGGCGCGAUGGACGAGUCCUUAGAUUUCGAGCUGCCAGAGAACAUCAACUUCAACGAGUUCUUUGCCUUUGACGAGGUGUGCGGCUUGGAGGGCCAUCUCGACGGUCAGUUCUCCGGCGCCGGCAUGCAUACGCAAUUGUCCGGGAUGCAGCCCAUGCCGAA